AUGGAACCCAAAUGUUAUGUCACGAUCUUCAACGUUCCUGCUCUGAACGAAACCUUGAAGACCUCUUCCAACCCCACCAUCGUCUCCACGGUGGAGUUUGAUAACGUAAACACAGAAUAUGGGAUCGAGUACGACAACAUCAACAUCACCUUCGGCAUUUUCCUAGAUCAGAGUAGGACCAGGCCGAUAGGGAAUUAUACUAUCGAAGGGUUCUACCAGGGCUACGAGAUGAAUGAGCUUAAGCGGGCUUCCGUCGAGAUUGAUGGCAGUGGACUUAACCGGACGGCAAAAAAAGUGGAAGGGAAAACACAUUUCCGGGUGGAUUUCAUGACGUCGGUGAAGUACAAGAACUCCGGGCCGUACACAAAACGACAGAGCUUAUGGGGAGGAGCAAAUGUCCCUGUCGAUGAUUCCGGAAACAAAGCAGGGAAGAAACAUAUCAUACUCUGGCACACGGUCCCCGUGAUCGUGUCCGGCGCACCACUGCUCGCCGGAUGCUCUACUAUGAUGAUUCUGGGUCCUUUCGUAUAUGUCUUGUUUCUCUCUCUAGCCAUAUUUCUCUCCUUCUCUUAG